UGUGCCUCUUGCAUCCAAGGUCCAGCCCUUUCCGUCCAUGGGGGAGUCGGUCUGAGAAGGGGGAGGUCAGGUCCUCCCCCUCCAGAUGUUUCUCUUUGAUUCAAGCUACUGUUGCCUUCUCUUCCAGGAGGAAGAGCAACUUUUGGUAGUGGAUGCGAUGCUCAGGCAUCCCUCAGUCAACAGAAAGGAUUAAUCAGUCUGGAAGAGGAAAACGUUGCAAGAGCAGAAGGCUGGGGCUUUCUCAUCAACCCAUCUCUAGCCGUGAAGGAGAAUCCCAUAAAGGAGAGAAUGGCUCUUCUAGCCCUGCUGGAGCUUGCCUGGAAGAACAGGUCGCAGGUGGAAAAGCAAGACCUCUCUGGCCCCGGGUCAAUGGAAGACUCUCCUGCCAUUCAGAAUGGGAGUGGAGGACAGCUUUUGGGAAAGACGUUACCAGGGAGUGCUCUGAGUUCAGAGACAGAGCGCCAGAGUUUCCGACAGCAAUGCUAUGAGAUGGACAGCAACCCUCGAGAGAUUUGCAGCCGCCUCCACUCUCUCUGCCGCCUGUGGCUGAAGCCCGAGCGACACUCCAAGGCGGAGAUGGUGGACCUGGUGCUCCUGGAGCAGUUCCUGGCCGUCCUUCCUGCGGAGAUGGAGCGCUGGGUGAGGGAAUGUGGGGCAGAGACCAGUUCCCAGGCCGUGGCUUUGGCUGAAGGAUUCCUCUUGAGUCGGGAAGAAGAAAAGACACUGAAAGAACAGCAGAUGGUUAACUUGUCUGCAGAAGAGGCCAUGCCAUUGGGGGUGUCUCCCUCCAACUCCAGCUGGAUGUUGCAGCCCAAGCGGAUUAUACAGGACAGAGGUGGAACACCCACCUCCAUAAAUAAGGAUGCAGGAGAUGAAACAGAGACAAUAUGUCGUGGAUCACCUCGCAGUUUCUACGUACACAGCUCGACGUAUGUGAAACCAGAUCAGGCCAUCUUCCAAGAGGUGGCCGUGUCUUUCAGUAAGGAGGAGUGGGCCCUGCUGGAUCCGGACCAAAGGGACUUACAUCAGAAGGUCAUGGAGGAAAAUUUGGAGGCCGUGGCCUCCUUGGGAGCUGGUGACUGGGAGAAUGUGAAAGAAGAACUAGUCAGGUCAUUGAUGGAAGGAGACAGAUCCGCAGAGAGAGAAGACAGAGUUAUCUCUUUUUGGACAGUCAGACAGACGGAAAAUGGUCCAGAAAAAUCAGCAACUCACAGAGAAAAGGAAUCAUUUCAAUACCCGGACUGUGGAAAGAGCCAGGAGAUGUACCUCUCUGGCCAGCAAACAACAUAUACUAAGAAGAAGCCCUUCAAGUGCUUAGAGUGCGGAAAAUGUUUCAGUCAGAAGAUCAGUAUAGCUUGUCAUCAGGCAAUUCACACAGGAGAGAAGCUGUUUACUUGUUUGGAUUGUGGGAAAAGUUUCAGUCGGAAGAGAAGCCUCACGUGUCACCAAGCGAUUCACACUGGGGAGAAACCCUUCAAAUGCUCGGCGUGUGAAAAGAGCUUCAGCCAGAAAAUACACCUCACUAAUCAUCAAGUAACCCACACAGGGGAGAAGCGGUUUCCAUGCCCUGAAUGUGGGAAGCAUUUCAGUCGGAAGGAAUACCUCCUUUCCCAUCAGGCGAUUCAUUCUGAGGAGAAGCCAUUUAAAUGCCCAGAGUGUGGAAAGGGCUUCUGUCAGAAGAAACAUCUCACCUAUCAUCAAGCUACUCAUACUGGGGAGAAGCCAUUCCAAUGCUUGGAGUGUGGAAAGUCUUUUAUUCGGAAGGAACACCUCACUUGCCACCAAAAAACUCACUCCGGGGAGAAACCCUUCAAAUGCUUGGAGUGUGGAAAGAGCUUCCGUCAGAAGGAAUACCUUGCCUCUCACCAAACCAUUCACACAGGGAAGAAACCCUUUAAAUGCGUAGAAUGUGAAAGCACUUUCACAGAAAAAAGAAGUCUAAUUGACCAUCAAGCAACACACUCUGGGGAGAAGCCAUUCAAAUGCUUGGAUUGCGGGAAGAACUUCAGGCGUAAGACCCACCUCACAGUACAUCAAAGAAUCCACACAGGAGAGAAACCCUUUAAAUGCUUGGAGUGUGAAAGAAGCUUCAGUCUGAAGACAACGCUCCAUCUUCACCAAGCUACACACACAGGUGAAAAGCCAUUUAAAUGCCCUGAGUGCGGGAAAAGUUUCUCCCGAAAGACUCGACUUACUGCACAUCAAGUCAUUCACACCGGAGAGAAACCACAUAAAUGCUUGGAGUGCGGAAAGAGUUUCAGUUGGCAGCGAAGCAUGAUUCGUCAUCAGAUAACUCACACAGGAGAGAAGCCAUUUGCAUGUUUGGAAUGUGGAAAGAGCUUCCUUCGGAAGACAGACCUCAAGCGUCAUCAAGCAAUUCACAAAAGGGAAAAGCAUUGACAAGUUUGGAGUGCGGGAAGAGUUUCUCCCAGCAAGUUCGUCUCAUUUGUCACCGAGGGGGGCAGUCGUUGAAGUGCUCAGAGUAUAGAAAGCAGUUUUCCUUCAGCCAAAACCAUGAGGGGCCUGAACUUUUGUUAUAGAGAAAACAGAACUGAAAAAGUAUUAUUUUAGGGGUUUUGUGGGGAUUAUUAGAAUUAAAAAAGGUUUCUUUCUGAACAUACUUCUUUUAAUGAAAUGUCAAAUAGAGAGUUCCUGAAAAUAUCAAAUAAAGAGUUCCUGAAAAUAAUUAGAGAAGGGUUCAAGUUCGACAAUGUUCAAUGCCAGCAGAAUGUUGGAUAAGCAAAAAUGUUGGCUAAUAAGGAGGGAUUAAGGAAAAGCCUACUAAACUCAAAUUACUUUAUGAUUUGACAAAUUAAGCACCAAAACAUAAUAUUUUAUAACAAAUUGACAGAAAAAGCAGUUCAAUACAUGGUAAUGUUAUGUAGUAAUUACUAUAUUUACGAAUUUAGCACCAAAACAUUGCAGUAUAUUGAAAACAUUGACUAUAAAAACAUUGGCUACUAACAAAUUGACUACAAAUAAAGACAGAAUUGCAUAAAAUGAACGUACAGUUACAACAUUGUCGGAAGUGAAAUCCGCAAAAAGUUCAGUCCUUGCUGCCUAGAGAAACAGCUGUGGAUCCGGUGGGAGGCAAAGUGUGUUGGAUAAUCCAGAACAUUGGAUAAGCGAAGGUUGGGUAAGCGAGAAUUUACUGGAUAUAUUUGCUAGGUUGCUGUGAGGUUUUUGGGCUGUAUGGCCAUGUUCCAGCACCAUUCUCUCCUGACGGUUCUGUUGAAUGCCAGCCACAGAUGCAGGCGAAACGUUAGGAGAGAAUGCUACUGGAACAUCACAGAAAAACUCACAGCAACCCAGUGAUUCCAACCAUGAAAGUCUUCGACAGUACAUUAAGCAUAAAUUUUGAUGGAUUACUACUAUUUUUUAAAACAUGUUAUCAGAAAAAAGCUUUAGGAUUUACAGAAAAUAACAUGAAUGUUGUAAUCAUGAGCAACAUGACUUUACUCUUAUCAGUCCAAAGUCUAUGUGGUGUCUCAUGGACCCUGUGCUCUAAUGGAGUCUAAGUCUAAACAUCUCAUGGUUAAAGCAUUUCUGUGUUCUAAAAUGGAGUCUGAGCUCUCAACAGUCCCAGAUCUGAUCAUGUGGUUUGCAGCCACUCCACAACCUCAAGAAACAUAAAGGGAAAUCCGCAUAUCAAAACGCACAUAUACAAUACAGUAAGCAAACAGAAUCAUAUACAAACAAAUUACUAAUGGAAGCAUGAAGAAGGUUGCUACAGAAUUGACCCUGGAAAUUAGAAUGUAUAAUUCACAAAUUGAGAGCACUUUGAAUCUAACUGAUGAUGGAUCUUCACCAAACUUAACACACAAUACCCUAUACGACCAGCUCUAAAUACUGGCAAGGCUUUGGGCGGGUUGACCUAUAAUGUUGAGAGUUGCAUUUCACCCGCUCCCAAAGAACACUGUAACUCCUACUAAUGAUGGAUCUGUGCCACACUUAGCACAUAUAUCAAUCAUGACCAGCUGAAAACAACAGGGAGCUACAUCAGGGGGAUGAACACAGGAGCAGGGGAGUUGUAGUUAACUUGCAUCCAGAGAGGCCUAUGAAUUGUGUUGUUUAUUUGUUCAGUCGCUUCCAACUCUUCGUGACCUCAGGGAUCAGCCCAGGCCGGAGCUCCCUGUCGGCCAUGGCCACCCGCAGUUCCUUCAAGGACAAGCCAGUCCCUUCAAGGAUACCAUCCAACCAUCUUGUCCUUGAUCAGCCCCUCUUCCUUUUCCCUUCCAUUUUCCGCAACAUCAUUCUCUUCUUCAAGCUUUUCUGUCUUCUAAUUAUGUGACCUAAGUACUUCAUCUUCAUCUCUAAUAUCUUUCCCUCCAGUGAUCAGUCGGGCAUUAUUUCCUGGAGUGGUUUGAUCUUCUUGCUGUCCAAGGCACUCUCAUAAUUUCCCCCCAACACCACAGUUCAAAAGCAUCUAUCUUCCUUCGCUCAGCCUUACUUAUGGUCCAGCUCUCGCACCCAUAGAUUACUAUGGGGAAUACUAUUGCUUUAACUAUGCGGACUUUUAUUGCCAGUAUGAUGUCUCUACUCUUCACUAUUUUAUUGAGGUUGGACAUUGCUCUCCUCCCAAGAAGUAAAAGUCUUCUGGGUUGUUGUGUGUUUUUCGGGCUGUAUACCCAUGUUCCAGAAGUAUUCUCUCCUGACGUUUCACCCACAUCUAUGGCAGGCAUCCUCAGAGUUUGUGAGGAUGUGGACAAAACAUCAUGAGAGAAUACUUCUGGAACAUGGCCAUACAGCCAUGGCCAAACACACAACAACCCUGUGAUUCCGGACAUGAAAGCCUUUGACAACACAUUAAAAGUCUUCUGAUUUCCUGGCUGCAGUCUGUGUCUGUAGUAAUCUUCGUGCCUAGAAAUAAAAGUGUCAUUGCCUCCGCGUUUUCUCCCUCUAUUUGCCCGUUAUCAAUCAGUCUCAUUGCCAUUAUCUUGGGUUUUUUUAUGUUUAACUGCAACCCAGCUUUUGCCCUUUCUUCUUUCCGCUUGGUGAUAAUGUUGUCGACCGCACUUUAGGGGAUCGGGCCCUUAAGGAGAGACCCGACCCGGUCCUGAGGGAACGGACCUUGGCGAAGCCAAAAGGAGAAUAUAAGCCGCAAUACAACCUGAAGCCUGAAAUGAAGAAGGUCCGCCAAAGGUGAAGGAAAAUCCGCCAAGGAGUCUUUAUUGAGCAAUUCAGCUGAAAAGGACGCUAAUAGCGAUCAUUCAAUCUACUAGCGUAACAUGUGUUUCAAAUAAAGCCAUAUUUAUACAAUG